AUGCAAACAGACAGAAAGGACAGAAACAUGGACACGGCAACCGAAUUCCUAUUGGCACUCAUCAAGUACCUAAAGGAAUGCCACCCCGAAGCGCUAAAGGGGUUCAAAGCCCCUCAGGGACCACUUCAGGAACUACUGAACCAGCCCAAUCUAAAGUCUCGGUCACGCUCGGUGACCCCAAUCAAGCCCGCGCCAUCAGCGCAGUCAACCCCCGCGCCAUCAGCGCAGUCAACCCCCGCGCCAUCAGUGCAGCCCUCCACCUCCGCUCAACCCGUGCUUACAGCACAAAAACCCCAAGCGCACUCCGCGCACCCCGCGCCCUCAGCGCAGCCCGCGCCUCCCGCGCAGUCAGCACCCUCGGUGCAAUUCAUUACCCCUAGUAAGCCUGCUAAGAGAGCAGCUACAAAAACGAUUACUGACACGACUGACCACGACAUGGAGACUCUAAGGGAAGAGUCCGACUCGACAGAGGACGGAUUCAUCCCUGUAGAGUCCAAGAAACGAAAGAAGAAGGCCCUUAAGGCAAACAACCCAGCCACGACCUCGACAGUAGCAUCGCUCACUAAACCGAGCGAAACAAACAAACAAACUGACGAUCAAACACCUAAGACGGACGACAGCGAGACCGCUAGGGCAAGCCCCCGGUACGCGUACAACACACAGGCCAACGCCAUCUGCGGCAGAAGCCAAACCCGUAUACACACCGGCCCCGGCGCCGACUACGAACGCAUGGGU